AAGCAUUCUCAACUCAAAUAUCAGGUUUCUUAGUUUCUUGAAUUAGCUAUACUCAAUAAUGUCUCGAAUAUUUAUUUGCUUGUUCGUCUUGAUUGGAGCUAUGUCUUCAGUGAUGUGUCAGCUCCUAGGUCACGUCGGAGUAUGCAACGGGCGACUCGGCAACAACCUGCCCUCUGAGCGAGACGUGGUGGAGCUCUACAAGGCCAACGGAAUCAAGAGAAUGCGAAUCUACGACCCCAACGCGAACACCCUUGCCGCCCUAAACGGGUCCGACAUCGAGCUCAUCCUUGACGUCCCUAACGUCGACCUCCACUCCCUGGAAUUCGACGCCACCCAAUGGGUCGAAAACCACGUCCUCCCAUACUUUCCGGGCACCAAAAUCCGGUACAUCGCGGUGGGCAACGAAAUCGACCCCGCCAAAAACGAAACCAAACCAUUCGUCCCUCAACUCCUCCGCGCCAUGGAAAACAUCCACAAAGCCCUCACAAAAUUCCAACUACAAAACCAAAUCAAGGUCUCCACGGCGACAUAUUCCGCCGUGUUGAAGGACACCUUCCCGCCGUCGCGCUCCGCCUUCAACGACAGUGGUUUCAUGCCUCCGGUGGUGAACUUCCUGGCGUCGAUCGGAUCUCCGCUUCUAGUGAAUAUAUACCCUUACUUUGCCUACAUCGGAGACCCCAUCAAUGUGAAGCCCGAAUUUGCUUUGUUUACUUCUCAACAAGUUGUGCGUGAUAAUGGGUUGGAGUAUCGGAACCUCUUCGACUUGAUGGUUGACGGCGUUUACUACGCGAUGGAGAAGGCCGGGGGCAAAGGCGUCGGGGUGGUGGUGUCGGAGAGUGGGUGGCCGUCGGGUGGCGGAGGAAGCGUGGAGACGUUGGGGAAUGCGGAGACGUACUACCAGAAUUUGAUCAGACACGUCGUCGGCGGGACGCCGAAGAAGAAGGGGGCGUUGGAGACCUACUUGUUUGCCCUGUUUGAUGAGAAUCAGAAGCCGGGCAAAACGACUGAGCAGCAUUUUGGCCUCUUUUAUCCUAAUAAGACUCCUAAAUAUAAUAAGCUCGGAUUAAGGAGCGGCUAAUUAAGUUAAGUUGUGUUUCAUCCUUGUCUAUCUAUAUAUACUCCAUAUAGAUGGGUUCAAGUGAGAAUUGUCUCUUAGAUGAGAAAUAAGAGAUUGAUGUAUGUUAUUCAUUGUUGCCCAAAAAUAAUGGACAAGAUUAUAAAGUUGGUCCAA